CGCUGGAGGAAGUAGCUCCAGUCCAGCGUGAGCUAGCGUUAGCGCGCUAGCUGCCCUCAUAUUUCCACGCUAAAGAAAACAGUAGUACAACUACGUAGGUGUAAUUUUUUUAAACGAGCAUGACGUGGUGUGGUUAGUUGUCGCUCGUGGUAGUGAAGUUAGUGAACUUGCGGAGAAGUUUUGUCAUGGUUGACACGCGUUAGUCUCGCUAAUGUCAACACCCUGGUGGAGGUAGAGUUGUUGUGGAGCAGAGGCUGCUCAGGAGCUUCAUCAUGAAGACCAACAAAUCGUACAAGCUCGUUCUCCACAAGAAGGGCUUUGGUGGAAGUGAUGACGAGCUGGUGGUGAACCCGAAAGUUUUCCCUCAAGUCAGUUUGCGGGACAUCAUUGAGAUAGCACACCCCACAGAUGAAUACAGUCCUCUCCUGCUGCAAGUGAAGAGCCUGAAAGAGGAUCUACAGAAAGAGACGAUCAGUGUGGACCAGACUGUAGCGCAGGCCUUCAAGCUUCGUGCAUAUCAGGAUGUCAUUAUUAACAUUGUGGACCCAAAGGAUGUCACACUGGACCUGGUGGAGCUGACCUUUAAAGACCAGUAUAUAGGCAGGGGAGACAUGUGGAGGCUGAAGAAGAGUCUGGUUACCACGUGUGCGUAUGUGACACAGAAAGUGGAGUUUGCAGGAAUCAGAGCCCAGGCCAGUGAACUUUGGGUGAAGGGAGAGAAAGUGACUUGUGGUUACAUCAGUGAAGACACCAGAGUAGUGUUCAGAUCCACGUCUGCAAUGGUCUACAUCUUCAUCCAGAUGAGCUGUGAGAUGUGGGACUUUGACAUCUAUGGUGAUCUCUACUUUGAGAAGGCGGUAAACGGGUUCCUCUCUGACCUCUUUGCUAAGUGGAAGGAGAAGAACUGCAGCCACGAGGUGACAGUUGUCCUCUUCUCACGGACGUUCUACAAUGCUAAAAGUAUUGAUGAAUUUCCUGAGGUUCUGCGAAGCUCCAUCAGGCAGGAUCACGAGGGGCGUUUUUAUGAAGACUUCUACAGGGUUGUGGCUCAGAAUGAGAGACGAGAUGAGUGGACGUCUUUGCUCGUCACCAUCAAGAAGCUUUUUAUCCAGUAUCCUGUCCUGGUGCGACUGAAAGAAGCAGAUGGUUUUCCUGUGGGUUAUAACUCAACUGCUGCUCAAGGAAACUACCUGGAGGCCAUUAACCUUUCAUUUAACGUAUUUGACAAGCACUACAUCAACCGAAACUUUGACCGCACCGGACAGAUGUCAGUUGUUAUCACGCCUGGGGUGGGAGUGUUUGAAGUGGACCGCCUGCUGAUGAUCCUCACCAAACAGCGAAUGAUUGACAACGGUAUUGGAGUAGACUUGGUGUGUAUGGGGGAGCAGCCAUUGCAUGCAGUACCACUGUUCAAGCUGCACAACAGAUCAAUAUCUGGAGACUCUCGUGUGGGAGACGACUAUAAUCUGCCUCACUGGAUCAACCACAGCUUCUACACUUCCAAAAGUCUCAAUUCUUGUAGCUCCUUCACUCCCAGAAUCAAACUGGCCGGCCAUAAGAUUCAUGCAGAACAAUUCAAGAACAGUAGAGACCACACUCUCUGCGCUCCAAAGGACUCUGACAACAGCUUGCCCAUACAGGUAGACUACGACGCCUAUGACGCUCAGGUGUUCAGACUUCCUGGUCCUUCACGAAUUCAGAGGACCACCAACUUCAGAAUGGUUCGGGACAAAGAGAUUAGUGGAAGGAAGAGCUGGGGAUCGGUGGAAGUCGGCGCAGGCAUCGGAGCGUCGCCUCCUGUGUUCUCUGGUGGUCCUGAAGAGCAGCGCAGCCUGGCCUCGGAUGAUAGUCUGGGGCCUGUGUCCAACAUGCUGCUCAUACCUCGCAUGGCUCCCACCCAUUAUGAAGUCAGCAGUUCUCUGGGAUACACCAGCACCAGAGAGUUGUUGGAGAAGAUGAUGGACUCUCAGCGCGACUCCAGCGCCCCUGGCAGGUUCACCGUGGGAAGUGCAGAGUCUACGCUGCACGUCCGGCCCGGAGGUUACACUCCACAGAGGGCUCUGAUAAACCCUUUUACUCCGUCCAGGAUGCCGAUGAAGCUCACCUCCAACCGCCGGCGCUGGAUGCACACCUUCCCUGUUGGUCCAUCUGGAGAGGCGAUCCAGAUCCAUCACCAGACCAGACAGAACAUGGCGGAGCUGCAGGGCAACCAGCAGAGAGACUCUGCACACACCUCUGCUGAGCUGCUGGAGCUGGCUUAUCAGGAGGCCACUGGAAGACGAACAAACUCUCGACAAGCUGGAGAGAGCAGCCUUUACAUCGGCGGAGCAGUGGACGAGUUCACCGGAAGCCCAGGGAGCAACAACAGUGGAACCCUGACCAACCAUGGCUCCUCAUUUGAAGACGUUUCCCUCAUCGGAUCAGAUCCAACCCUGCUGCUGUCUGCACCCCCGACAGUGCCCAGCUUCUGCUGCACGGUUGGGGUGGACUGGAAGUCUCUGACCACGCCGGCCUGUCUGCCCCUCACCACUGACUACUUCCCUGACCGGCAGGCGCUGCAGAACGACUACACCGAGGGCUGCUAUGACCUGCUGCCACACAGUGACCUGGAGAGGCGAGAGGAUGAAGGUCCAGUGAUGAGUGCUUCUCAGGUGUUUGAGGAGUUUAUUUGUCAGAGGUUGAUGCAGGGUUACCAAAUUAUCGUCCAGCCCAGUAACAGGAAACCAAAGCCUGCCGUAGCCACGCCCCUUGGCAGCAGCCCUCUUUACUCCAGAGGUCUGGUCGCUCUACGCCGGGCAGAAGAGGAGGAGACAGUCUAUUGGCUCAGUAUGGGUCGCACCUUCCAUAAAGUCUGUCUCAAAGACAAAAUAAUCACUGUGACUCGCUAUCUGCCAAAGUACCCUUACGAGUCAGCUCAGAUCCAGUACAGUUACAGCCUGUGUCCUCCACACUGUGAUGCUCAGUUUGUUUCCUGCUGGGUGGAGUUUGGCCACGAGAGACUGGAGGAAUACAAGUGGAACUACCUGGACCAGUACAUCUGCUCUGCUGGCUCUGAGGACUUCAGUUUGAUUGACUCUCUCAAGUUCUGGAGGACUCGUUUCCUGCUGCUGCCGGCCGGAGGAGCUCGGCGUGUGGCGGACGGCGAGGGUCACUGGGACGUUUACGGUGAGGGAGCAGGUGCCGGUGUGGGCGGCAGCAGUGAGUGGGUGCUGCUGGAUGGUUUCGUCCGCUUUCUGGAAGGUCUCAACCGCAUCCGGCGACGCCAUCGCUCCGACAGGAUCAUCAGACCAAAGGGCACGCCAAUGAAAGGACUGCAGGUAACAAAUCCUCUCCCUUCGUAUCUCUCUGAGCCUGUUCCUCCGCCACAAGGCAAGAAGGGCACGUCGGCUCUGUCGGCUCUGCUGGAGAUGGAGCAGAAUCAGAAGACACUGGAGGAGCACCAGCAACAGCAACAGCAGCAGCAGAUGAAGACCUCAACAGCCGUCAGUGACCCUGCUACUGUUGCCACAGCUCCAACAAAUGUUGACAGUCCCCGAAAGGACACUGCCUUUAUUUUGGAUUUUAUACGUAGUCCACGCUCCACCUACAUCUAUCACUCUCAGUUGCCUGCUGAAGCCAGCGAGGCUGCAGAUAAGGGAGUCCAGCCUGCAGCAACAGGUGGAGCAACAGCGCUGCCUACAGGAGAGACUGCAGCCAGCAGCGGCACAGAUGCCAGUGGCCAGUCUGCAGCAGGAACCCUCUCUCUCUCCUCCUCAACACCCAUGGAGAUCCUGGAAGCCAUCAAACAUCCCACGACAGGUGUACAGCUGCUCCCAGAGCAGAAAGGUCUGCCGCUCAACUGCUUCAUCAGUGCUGAGGCCGUUCACUGGCUGGUCAACAAUAUGGAGGGCGUGGCUACACAGGGGAUGGCUGUGGAUGUUAUGCAGAAAUUGCUGGAUGAAGGUUUGGUGUCACACGCCUCUGGAGACGCAAUGCGCACGUUUGUCUACGGUUUCUACUUCUACAGCAUAGGAGGAGAAAAAGAUGGUCCGACGUCUCAGCUCCCCUCCACAGCACCAGGAAGUUGGUCCCCUGCAGCGCUGGAGGACUUUGCACUUUUCCAGCGGAAGUGGUUCGAAGUGGCUUUUGUGUCGGAGGAGCCGCAGCCCUGCGACCUCCCGGCCUUCCUCCUGCCACGGCUGCCCAGCCGGCCUGCCUCCUACGCAAGUAGGCACAGUUCCUUCAGCCGCAGCUUUGGAGGACGCAGCCAGGCCGCCGCACUGCUAGCUGCUACAGUCCCGGAGCAGAAGACAGUCACUCUGGACGUGGACGUCAACAACCGCAGUGACCGCACGGAGUGGUGCAGCUGUUAUUACCACGGAAACUUCUCCCUGAACUCUGCCUUUGAGAUCAAGCUGCACUGGAUGGCUGUGACGGCGGCAGUGCUGUUUGAGAUGGUUCAAGGUUGGCACAGGAAGGCAGCGUCGUGCGGCUUCCUGUUGGUGCCAGUGCUGGAGGUUCCGUUUGCGCUGACGUCAUACCUGUACGGCGACCCACUGAGAGCUCAUCUCUUCAUCCCCCUGAACGUCCAGUGUCUGCUGAAGAACGGCAGCGACAACCUAUUUGAAGGUUUUGAACCGGAGACGUACUGGGACAGGAUGCAGCUCUUUCAGGAGGCCAUACUCUACAGAUUUGGCUUCGUGCAUGACAAGUUUUCGGCCUCAGCUUUCAACUUCCCCUCUGAGAACAAGCCUCAGUACAUCCACGUCACAGGCACCGUGUUCCUGCAGCUGCCGUACUCCAGGAGGAAGUACUCGAGCGGGCAGCAGCGCCGGCGCCGGAACUCCACCACCUCCAACAGCCACGGGCCAUUCGGCAGCGAGGAGCGCAUCGGCUACUACUGGGCGUACAACACCAUGCUCACCAAAGCGUGGAGGACGGGCGUGCUGGGUGACGAGAGGCUGGCCGACCGUCUGCUCCGAGACUUCACCGACUUCUGCUUCAACAAAGACAACAGGCUGCUGAGCCUGUGGGACAGCUGCCAGGAGAAGAUGACCAGCGCCCCCUGACGGCAGCCACGGGAUACUACGACAAACUCUCUAACAGUGUUAACGAACUUCUUUAUGCCGUGUUUGCAUAACACUGAACGCGGUUUGUCGCGUCGGUCCUGGUUGCAAGUUGCCCGUAUUUUAAACAAAAUUAACGGGCAUUUCUUUUUACCAUCGACCAAAGCAUUGUUGCUCUCUCUGUUGUGGAAGCAUCGGCAGAGGGGACGCCGUCAUCUUGUGUGGUUUUGCGGUGCUGUGUGGUGUUUCCCAGCACUGACUGGCCAUGGAAACAUUUCAACUUGGCCGUCAGACAUGACAAAUUUGCGUCGCGUCCGGUGUGAACACAGCAUUAAAAUGACUUGUUAAUCGUGGCGAACAGGAAGAAUUUGCCGCAUUGAGCUGAUGGAAAUGUUAUUUAAAAAGAGUAAAGUUUACAAUAAUAAUUAAAAAAACUGUACAUAAAACUUUA